AGGAAGCAAGAAGUUAAAAAAUGAAGAGGAGACGAAGAAGAAGAGGAGGAGGACCAUUAAAAACAACACCACGGGCACCUGGCAGCCUGUUCCCAAACAAGAUAUAUCCUUGCUGCAUGAUUUCAAAUAUUUAAAAGCCCAAAUCAGCUGCUGAUAUGAUAUCUAAAAAGUCCCCAGUCUCACAUUGGAGUGAGGGCCUGGGGAGAAUAUUGCAACCGAUUAUGGCGUUAGGAGCUCAUCUUCCACAAGAAUCUAUUUUCACUGCCUUGAAAUAAGAGAUUGGAAGAUGGAGAGAGUUGCAGCUGCGAGAGAGAUGGAUGCCCUUACAGAUUCUGGUGAGGAGCUCACUGAUGGUGAUUUCACUUCAGUAAAUAAGUCGAGUCAGUGGGAGAGGAGAGUGGUGGAAGAUGACCGUGCGUACACAUCGAAUGCUGAGGACAGCACAAACCCAGCCACACCGCAUGACUCUGGAAUUGGUGACGUGGAGUGCUGCGGCUCCACGGAGGGCAGAGAUGAAACCGAGGAGCUUUCCGACGGAAUGGAACAUGAAAGUGCUGAUGGUCACGUGAGCUCCCAGGUCAUAAAUCAAGAGGAGGAUGAAUCUGCGAAGGAGCAGCAUAUGAAUGGCGAGUCGGCUUGGAGAAGCUUCGGCUCGGGAAGGAAGUGCAAACUGAGGAGUGGAGGAUCAGUUUCAGAGCAAGGCACUCAGAGUGCUUCUACGCCGCCCUCCUUUCAAAAAGGCAGUUUUGUGUCGAGUGGCGGCAGGCACAAGCAGGCCCGCAGACGCAACCAUCACCACCAUCAAUUGAACCGUGGCCGCAGGCGCUCGGGCAAACAAAUCGUCUUUGCUUUGAAAGAAAUGCUGUCAGAGUCUGUCAGCGUCUGGUGCAUCACCUGUGUCCACAUGCUGAUUGAGAUUAUCGUCACUUUAACUCAUAAUUGUGGCGUUGGUGUGGAGACCGGAGGGUUGAAACUUUACCACUUGGGGCAGCAGCUCAUUGGAAAGAUCACAGACAUACCGGGAAUGAAGGCAGAUGCCUGUCGGAUUUUAAAAUGGACGAAAUGUGCAGGCGCGGAUGGGGCGGAUAAAGUUGUUCGGUCACUCAAGUGGACUAAACAAGCUGCCUUAUCAACUCUCAGACUUCUUUAUGCUUUGGUCGUGCUCGGGUUCCAGCGAGUGAAAAGUGUCUUCGUCCGGCUUGGUGGAGAGAGGGGAAAACGAUACUGGACAGUUUUCCAGGAUUCCGGUUUUUGGAAGAGAAUUGUGCUUUUUGUGGAGAGAGCCAGAAAGUGCUUCAGGAGGGAUAGCCAAGUGCACGCAUCCGGUUUCGAGUCACCGGGACGAGCUGGGAGAGGCCCGCCGGGCCAGGAGCUGAAAAGACUGCUGGCCCUGGCGGACGUCCCAGAAGACGAGCUUGAUCCCUUCACGGUGCUCGGCGUGGAAGUCCAUGCGACUGAGGCUGAGCUGAAGAAGGCCUACAGACAGCUGGCUGUCCAGGUCCAUCCAGACAAGAAUAAACACCCACGAGCUGGUGAGGCGUUCAAAGUGCUACGGGCUGCCUGGGAUAUUGUCAGUAACCCAGAAACUCGAAGAGAAUAUGAGUUGAAGCGCAUGGCAGCGACUGAGCUCUCCAAGUCCAUGAACGAGUUCCUCACCAAGCUACAGGACGACCUGAAGGAAGCCAUGAACACCAUGAUGUGUACCAAAUGUGAAGGCAAGCACAAGCGCUUUGAGAUGGAUCGUGAACCCGCCGAGGCCCGCUUCUGUGCUGAAUGCAGUCGUCGGCAUAGCGCCGAAGAGGGCGACCUGUGGGCCGAGUCCAGCAUGUUGGGCCUACGUAUCACAUACUUUGCCUGUAUGGACGGCAAAGUCUAUGAUAUUACAGAGUGGGCGGGUUGCCAGAGGAUAGUCAUUUCUCCAGACACACACCGCGUGCCCUAUCACAUCUCCUUCGGAUCCAAGAACAACAGCAAUGCCGCCAGAAACAGGCCGCACUCAGAGCACGGUCCCGGUUCAGCCAACCCGGCAGAUUUGCAGGACUUCUUCAAUCGCAUCUUCAAGGGAGCAACCCCCAGUGACAUGCCAGCCAACGGGGGCUUCUUCCCCUCAGGUCCAUCUCACCACCCCCCGACCGGUGCCGGAGCUCCCCCAUUCUCUUCCCCCUCUGGCCAGACGGGCUUUUUCAUGCCGGGGGCCCAGCGGCCCGAACCCAGCGAGCCGUGGGCCGAUGGCGGCAAACCUCCGCCUCGGCGAAAGAAGAAAGUCCGCAAACCCUUCCAGAGGUGAAGUCUGCUGAGAUGGGACAGCUACGAAAACAACCCAGGGACACAUUCAGCACAGGCCGCUUUGGGUCUUGCUGACAUCCCAGCUCGAGGAGAUUGCUGUUGCUUGGGAAGGCUGGGUUCCCACAAAACCCGAAGAUGAGCUGUGGACUCCAUUUAACACGAUGGAAGGUUAAAGAGGUGCCAGUGGUGGUGUGUUAGCUUUCCGUUCACCUUUGUUUGGCUUCAUCUUCACACUGACUGUAGCCUCGCAUUCUUCUUCAAUCUUUCCUACCAACUCUCCGCAAAGCAUCAUUUAUUCACCUGCUCUUUGCCACUUCCAGUCGCUCAUUUCCUUCAGAAACGAAAUCUUCGCAAGCCAUUGUUUCACCAGGCAUGGUUCACUGUAAUCAACUAACCAAGGUGACCAUAAUGAUCUUGUUAGCAUCACUGCAUCAGUGUUACAUCACUAUAGUGCAGGGAGCAUCUCUGCCAGCAGUUAGAUUUAAAACAAACCAUAAAAACAAAAAAGAAAUUCAACCGGUUUCCGUCAUACUUAACAAAGAUGUAUUUGAGCUUUAACCCGUUUGCCAUGCUGUCAUGAUGCAAUUGCUAACUGAAAGUUCUCAUGCCACCUUACACUAAAUGCGGUAUUACUGCAGGCAUAGAGCAAGGAGUUAUAUAUGAAUGGACUAACAGUGCUGCUUUGUCGCCGUUGGGCGAAGCGAAGCCACCAGGGACCAUCUUCGGUUGCCACUCUCAAAUUUCGCCUAACUUAAAUACAUUGAUGUUUUCCCCUUAUUUUCUGUCUCUGGCGAAAAUACCACCGUAUAUGGCAUACGGUUACACCAAUAAGUCUGGAAGAAGCGCUACAAGCACAUUUCAUCGGUAAGAGUGCGAUUUAGAAUUUUUUCACAUGAGAGAUAUAUCUCAGCGCUCCUGAAAGAUUCAUCUGCAUCCUGUUUGAACCGUCAACAAUGAAAUGAAAGCAAUGACCAUCUGAAUCUGCUGUGAAAUGUAAACCUAACCUCUGUCAGUCACAAAUCACGAUACUGACAUGAUAUACUCGAAUAGUCGAUGCAAACAGUGGAAUUUGUUCUUUGAGAGGCUCUGAUUACGCCAUACAGAGAUCCUAGCGUAAAACUGUUUUCAGCUCAGAAAUGACAAAAAGACGUCAAUACCAGUGGCAACUUAAGAUGGCUGCGCUCUGGCUUCAAGGGGCCUAUUGUUAGUCCAUUCAUUUACAGUAUAUGUCAGUGGCAAAGAGUCACGUUAUAGAGUCCAUAUUUGGUUCCAAAAAUUCAACAUUGAAAGUGACAGGCGCAAAGAAUGGCCUGUGCUGCCCUCUGUUGCUCAUCAGAUAUAUUUCAUCAAAUCAGAUUUUUUUUUUUCUCUUCACCACUUAAAAAAAAAACAACUCGGCAUCGCAAUCUAAAUCUCAGUGUGUCUGCUAAAGAAGUUGAAGCAGAAGUUAAACUGUCACUUCAUGAAAAUUUCCAAACUUCACAAAAGGGAACAAAAAGCACAUGAGAGAAAUUUCAUUUUGUCUGCAUUUAACAUGAAGGGUUCACGCUACUGCUUGCAUUCAUAAUCACAUCAAAAAACUUCAGGAAGACUAAACUGUUUACAUCUACUGUGUAAAGAUUGCCAGAGCUAGCAGAAUUUGGCUCUUUUUUUUUUUUUUAGUAUAGAGUCAAUUUUAUACUUUGCUGUGUUAGGGCCUGUGACUAAAGACAGUGUCCGUUGGAUGAGCCCAAGCUGUUCGUGUGCCGCUGCACCGAAGCAUGAAGUUCACUGCAUUGUGACGCCUCUAGGGGUUGGAGUGGUUGACUGUUCUGAUUUUUUCCGAAUAAGAAUUUUUGGGUGUUGACGCAAGAUGCUGCCACGUUCCUCUCCCUGUGUCAAAUCCGCUCAUCUUUUAUGCAUUUGUGGUGUCCGAUCAGUUGAGCCAUGCCAGAACCACAAAGGCUUGUAAUGCUUGAAAUGAGAUUGCUCCUCAGCAGUUGCACGAGAACAAAGUCAAAGAACAGAUUUAUAUUUUGCUCAGAAAGUAGCACGAUUUUAAGUUUUGGCUUUGGUUUGAUUUUAUUUUUUUUUCCAAUGAUGUGCAAUUUGUGGUCUGCCGUCCUUGUUUAGGCUUUGGUUGAUCUAGUUGCCAUAAAAACAUUGAGAGAGAACAUUUGCAAUUGUUGACUUCUCACACAUUCACCGAAGCACGAAAAUGAACAUUGAUGGACAUAAUGUGUGGUGCUUGGAAGUUAAAAAAAAAAAA